AUGGCAUUGGCUGUCCUUCUUCUUUCAGGCAAUGUAGGAUUGGUUGCCGGAAAUGCUUACGUCUACGCUUCUCCCCCACCGCCUCCUUAUGAGUACAAGUCGCCGCCGCCGCCUACGACUUAUUCUCCCCCUCCUCCUGUCUAUGACUCUCCUCCUCCUCCUUACUCGCCUGCUCCCGAGUAUAAGUCUCCUCCACCACCGUCUCCGGUGUAUGAGUACAAGUCUCCUCCACCACCUUCUCCAUCUCCACCACCUCCGUACUAUUACAAGUCUCCACCUCCACCAUCUCCUUCUCCUCCUCCCCCGUACUACUACAAAUCUCCCCCACCACCAUCUCCGUCCCCUCCUCCCCCGUACUACUACAAAUCCCCACCACCACCAUCGCCUUCACCGCCUCCACCGUACUACUACAAAUCCCCACCACCACCAUCGCCUUCACCACCUCCACCAUACUACUAUAAAUCACCGCCACCACCAUCACCGUCGCCUCCUCCACCAUAUUACUACAAAUCCCCACCACCACCAUCACCAUCACCUCCUCCCCCGUACUACUACAAGUCUCCUCCACCACCAUCUCCAUCCCCGCCACCACCGUACUACUACAAGUCCCCUCCACCACCAUCACCGUCUCCUCCUCCACCAUACUACUACAAGUCCCCACCACCACCAUCUCCAUCUCCUCCUCCACCAUACUACUACAAGUCCCCACCACCACCAUCACCUUCUCCUCCUCCUCCAUACUACUACAAGUCCCCACCACCACCAUCACCUUCUCCUCCUCCUCCAUACUACUACAAAUCUCCCCCACCACCAUCACCGUCUCCUCCUCCACCAUACUACUACAAGUCACCUCCUCCUCCGGUGUACUCUCCUCCACCACCGUACUACUACAAGUCACCUCCUCCACCUGUGUACUCUCCUCCACCACCAUACUACUACAAGUCACCUCCUCCUCCGGUGUACUCUCCUCCCCCACCAUACUACUACAAGUCACCACCUCCUCCGGUGUACUCUCCUCCCCCACCAUACUACUACAAAUCACCUCCUCCACCUGUGUACUCUCCUCCCCCACCGUACUACUACAAGUCACCUCCUCCUCCAGUCUACUCUCCUCCACCACCGUACUACUACAAAUCUCCACCACCACCAACUUACUCACCACCACCCGUCUAUUACUACAAAUCUCCACCCCCACCAGUCUACUACUCUCCUCCACCAAAACCCUACACUCCUCCAUACUACCCACCCCACCACCACCGCCACCUAAUUUUCAAGGUGGUCGGAAAAGUCUACUGCAUCCGAUGCUACGACUGGGCAUACCCCGAAAAAUCACACAACAAGAAGCACCUUAAAGGAGCUAUUGUUGAAGUGAGCUGCAAGGCAGGAAACAAAGAGGUUGUGGCCUAUGGAAAGACCAAGAGCAAUGGCAAAUAUAGCAUUAAAGUCAAGGGCUUUCACUAUGCUAAAUAUGGAGGCAAGGCUUGCACGGCUAAGCUCUACGCACCGCCCAAGGGCUCGUCGUGCAACAUCCCGACCAACCUUCACUGGGGCAAGGUCGGAGCUAAGUUGAGAGUCAAGUCCAAGACUAAGAACGAGGUUGUGUUGUACGCUAAGCCUUUUGCUUAUGCUCCAAAGAAGCCUUACAAGGAGUGUUCUAAGCCUAAGCCUUACCACCCACCUUACGUCUACAAGUCUCCACCUCCUCCUACCCCUGUUUACUACUACAAGUCUCCACCUCCUCCGUCUCCAACUUACUACUAUAAGUCCCCACCUCCCCCGUCCCCGACUUACUACUACAAGUCCCCACCUCCUCCAUCACCUACCUACUACUACAAAUCUCCUCCUCCACCUUCACCGGUGUACUAUUACAAGUCACCACCACCUCCAGUAUACUCUCCUCCUCCACCGUACUACUACAAGUCACCUCCUCCACCGGUGUACUCUCCUCCCCCACCAUACUACUACAAGUCACCUCCACCUCCGGUGUACUCACCUCCCCCACCAUACUACUACAAGUCUCCCCCACCACCGGUGUACUCUCCUCCACCACCAUACUACUACAAGUCACCUCCACCACCGGUGUAUUCACCUCCCCCGCCAUACUACUACAAGUCUCCUCCACCACCGGUGUACUCUCCUCCACCACCAUACUACUACAAGUCACCUCCUCCUCCAGUCUACUCUCCUCCCCCGCCGUACUACUACAAGUCACCUCCUCCUCCAGUCUACUCUCCUCCACCACCGUACUACUACAAGUCACCUCCUCCUCCGGUGUACUCUCCUCCUCCACCGUACUACUACAAGUCACCUCCUCCUCCGGUGUACUCUCCUCCUCCACCAUACUACUACAAGUCACCUCCUCCUCCAGUCUACUCUCCUCCCCCGCCGUACUACUACAAGUCACCUCCACCACCAGUGUACUCUCCUCCCCCGCCAUACUACUACAAGUCACCUCCACCACCGGUGUACUCUCCUCCACCACCAUACUACUACAAGUCACCUCCUCCUCCAGUGUACUCUCCUCCCCCACCGUACUACUACAAGUCACCUCCUCCUCCAGUCUACUCUCCUCCACCACCGUACUACUACAAGUCACCUCCUCCUCCGGUGUACUCUCCUCCUCCACCGUACUACUACAAGUCACCUCCUCCUCCGGUGUACUCUCCUCCUCCACCAUACUACUACAAGUCACCUCCUCCUCCGGUGUACUCUCCUCCACCACCAUACUACUACAAGUCACCUCCUCCUCCAGUGUACUCUCCUCCCCCACCGUACUACUACAAGUCACCUCCUCCUCCAGUCUACUCUCCUCCACCACCGUACUACUACAAGUCACCUCCUCCUCCGGUGUACUCUCCUCCUCCACCGUACUACUACAAGUCACCUCCUCCUCCGGUGUACUCUCCUCCUCCACCAUACUACUACAAGUCACCUCCUCCACCGGUGUACUCUCCUCCACCACCAUACUACUACAAGUCACCACCACCUCCAGUGUACUCUCCUCCACCACCAUACUACUACAAGUCACCACCACCUCCAGUCUACUCUCCUCCCCCACCAUACUACUACAAGUCUCCUCCACCUCCAGUCUACUCUCCUCCCCCACCGUAUUACUACAAGUCACCUCCACCUCCAGUAUACUCUCCUCCCCCGCCAUACUACUACAAAUCUCCUCCACCUCCAGUCUACUCUCCUCCUCCACCAUACUACUACAAGUCUCCACCACCACCUUCUCCAUCUCCCCCACCACCAUACUACUACAAGUCUCCUCCCCCACCAUCACCGUCGCCUCCUCCACCGUACUACUACAAGUCUCCACCACCACCAUCUCCAUCGCCUCCUCCUCCAUACUACUACAAGUCUCCACCACCACCAUCCCCAUCACCUCCUCCACCAUACUACUACAAGUCACCACCACCACCAUCCCCAUCGCCUCCUCCUCCAUACUACUACAAGUCCCCACCACCACCGUCUCCAUCACCUCCUCCACCAUACUACUACCAAUCUCCUCCCCCUCCUUCACCUUCUCCUCCUCCCCCAUACUACUACAAAUCUCCCCCACCACCCGAGAAAGCCCUUCCCCCGGUUUACAUUUACGCAUCUCCGCCCCCACCUACCCACUAUUAAGUUCUAAAAAAGUUCGACACCAAUCUUGUUUUAUUUUCAAAAGUGGAAUAAAUGAAGGCUUCAUUAGUGAAACAGUUAGUGGUGGUGAAUUCAGCCCAUUGAAUAAUAAGGGUCCUUUUGCAAAAACAGAGCAUUAUCCAAACAUUUUGGACCAGAUUGCAUCUUCUUCUCUCGUUGCCAUCUUCCAUAUCAUCUUAUUACUGUGUUCUUCCGGGAAAGUGGCCUCAAGGGUUGAGCUUGCAUCAAUGGCAGGGCUUGGAUGUUGCAGAAGAUGAUUAUUGUUUUGUGAUUUGAGUAGUGAAGCCUUUUGUUAUUUGUUUUAAUUCAUAUCUAUUUGUGAAUAGAUCAAGUAUGCAUUGGCUAAGAUUUGUGAUUUUGUUCACUUUCGGUUAU